AAAACCAACUCUACUCAAACAAAAACCACCACUCAACAUCUCUCUCUCUCACACACACACACACUUCACAUUCAUAUCCCCCACCCACCCACCUUCCUUCCGCACCUUUCGCCACCGCCUCCCACCCAACUUGUCUCUACUUUAUUCUCCCCUCCUCCGCCGUCAAUUCACCUUAAACUCUUCCGUCAGCUUCUCUCUCUCUCUCUCUCUCUCUUAAUGCUUUCUUCACUUAUUACUUAAUAUUGGAGGAGCUUCUUCAGUUCUACUCCUUUCGUCGUCAACUCUGAUUUUUGGUUUUUAUUUCCUCACCCCCUCCCUUCCCCUCUUCUGGUAUUUUGUCUUCACGAUUUUGAUGUUCUUAGUCUGAGUUUGUUCCGUUCGUUGCUUUGAACUUUCAAUUGGAUUCCUGGAGAUGUUCUUUCUCGAUUUUUGCGGCCGUACGUACGGAGGCUUUUCUAAUUAGGUGAAACUUUCACCUAGAGUUGGAAACGGAAUUCUCUGAUCUGUGUUGCAAACAAUUUCUCCAAGCAUCCAGUCCAGGCCUUUCUGACUGUUUUCUAGCUAGGAAGGAAUCUAUGGAGGCUAGAAUUGGAGGUCAAGCUCAGCUAUAUUAUGGUAUGGCUUCUACAGAUUUGAAUGCAGUCCGGAAACGGAGCUUGGAAUGGGAUCCCAACGAUUGGCGAUGGGAUGGGGACCUCUUCAUUGCUACACCUCUCAAUCGCACUUCCUCUAAUUAUCAAAGCAGACAGUUGUUUCCACUCGAAUCUGGAAUUACCACAACUCGUGCUUCCUCUAACAGUUCUUCCUCUGAUUCUGAUGAAUUAAGUCAAGGAGUUCUGAAAGGUAAUAUGGAAUUGGAGAAGAAGAGGAGGGCCAGUGAUGUGGGAGACAAUAACUUAGCCGACGACACUCUUAAUCUGAACCUUGGUGGACGAGGGUACACAAAGCCCGGGAAUGUGGAACCGGCAACAACUGCGAAGAAGACCAAGCUGGGUGGGGGGGCGACACCUAAUCGUUCAGUUUGCCAGGUCGAGGGUUGCGGGUCGGAUCUCAGCAGGGCUAAAGACUAUCAUAGGCGCCAUAAGGUCUGUGAGAUGCAUUCCAAGGCUAGCAAGGCACUUGUCGGAAAUCAAAUGCAACGUUUCUGCCAGCAGUGCAGCAGGUUUCAUGCACUUCAAGAGUUUGACGAAGGAAAGAGAAGUUGUCGCCGGCGAUUGGCUGGCCACAAUAAAAGGAGGAGGAAAACACUAACUGACAACGUCAGUAAUAACAGUCCAGUCAAUGACAGCCAGGCAAGCGGUUAUCUGUUGAUGAGUAUACUGAAGAUACUCUCCAACAUGCACUCUGAUAGGACAAACCACGAUAAUCAGGAUCUCUUGUCUCAUCUUCUGCAAAGCCUUGCCAGUCAGGGAUCCAACCAAUGGGAUAGAAGCAUACCGGCACAUCUAAAGGAAUCUCAAAACCUACUCAAUAAUUUGCCUUCCUUGGGGAAUUCAGAAUUAGCAUCUGUAUUGCUUUCUAAUGGCUCUCUAGGACAAAGAUCUAGACAGGAACAUUCAAAUCAUGGUGAUGACAUGCCAAGAAAUGCUGGGGAUUUACAUACGGCAUCUCAAAGUCCAGGCAACGUGUUACACUCCCAAGCCAGUUCUCAAAUUUAUCCUCAAGGCAGGGAAAUUUCUGGUGAAAGGAGCAAAGCAAACAAUUUUGAUUUGAAUGAUGUUUAUGUUGACUCGGAUGAUGGCAUGGAAUACAUAGAAAGAUCUACUGCUCCACAGGGUCUUGGGACUGUUUCUAUUGGACAUCCUUCAUGGGUGCAACGAGAAUCUGAUCAGUCAAGUCCGCCUCAGACUAGCGGCAAUUCUGAUUCUGCAUCUGCACAGUCACCAUCCAGUUCCAUUGGAGAGGAUCAGAGACACACGGACCGCAUUGUCUUCAAACUAUUUGGAAAGGAACCUAGUGAUUUUCCCAUCGUUUUACGAGCCCAGAUUUUUGAUUGGUUAUCCAAUAGUCCUUCUGACAUAGAGAGCUACAUUAGGCCAGGUUGUGUCAUUUUGACUCUAUAUCUUCGUCUACCCGAGUCUGAAUGGGAAGAGCUCUACUGUGAUCUGAGCUCCAGUCUAACUCGGCUUUUGAAUUUCUCCGACGAUAUCAAUUUCUGGAGUACUGGAUGGAUCUAUGCCAGGGUGCAGAAUCAGAUAGCAUUUGCCUGCAAUGGUCAGGUAGUUGUUAACACAUCUUUGCCUCUUGGAACUGAUAACUAUGGCACAAUUUUGAGUGUCAGACCUAUUGCUGUGACAUCAUCUGCACAAGCUGAAUUCGUUGUUAAAGGCUUUAAUUUAUCACUACCUACGACAAGGUUACUCUGUGCACUGGAAGGAAAAUAUCUGGAAGCUAAAAGUGAGUCGGUGGAACAUGUUGACGGCUUUGAGGGGAAUGCUCAAUAUAUCAAGUAUUCCUGUUCUAUUCCUGCAGUUACCGGAAGAGGUUUUAUUCAGGUUGAAGAUCAUGGUAUCAGUAGCAGCUUUGCUCCCUUCAUAGUUGCUGAAGAUAACAUUUGUACUGAGAUUCGCAUGCUAGAGAAAGAAAUAGAAAUGAUGGAGAUAGACAAUCUAAGGAGAGGAACAGGGAGAUUUGGUGUGCCAAACCAAGCCAUGGAGUUUAUACAUGAAAUGGGAUGGCUUCUCCACAAAUUUCAGUUAAUGUCUCGAUAUGGACACGAAGAUCCUAACCUGGAUUGUUUUCCUUUCGAACGGUUCAAGUAUCUUGUAGAGUUUUCAAUGGACCGUGACUGGUGUUCUGUUGUAAGUAAGCUCCUGGAUAUUCUUUUCUAUGGAACAGUGAGUGGUGGAGAGCAACCAUUGUUGAAGUUUGCUCUGUCUGAGAUGGGUCUGCUCCACAGAGCAGUAAGGAGAAAUUCAAGACCCCUGGUGGAGAUGCUGUUGAGAUAUGUGCCUGAAAAAGUAGCAGAUUACCUAAGUUUGGAAUACAAAUCCCUAGUUGAUAUUGAGCAGAGUUCCUUGUUUAGACCUGAUGUUGCAGGACCUGGAGGUCUCACACCUCUUCAUGUAGCAGCUGGUAGGGAUGGAUCUGAAGACAUCUUGGACGCUUUGACUGAUGAUCCCAGAAAGGUGGGGAUUGUAGCAUGGAAGACUGCCCUAGAUAGCACAGGUUUCACACCUGAAGAUUAUGCUCGUCUCAGAGGACACUACUCUUAUAUUCACCUUGUUCAGAGGAAAAUGAACAAGAAAGUAUCUUCAGGGCAUGUAGUUGUUGACAUUUUCGAUACUGUUCCGGAUAGCAGCAGCAGCAGCAGCAGCAGCAUAAAGCAGAAGCCAAAUGUAGAAACCGCAGCUGCUAGUUUUGAGAUUGGAAGGUCAGAGAUGAAACGCAUUCAACGGCCGUGUGGUGUUUGUGCUCAGAAUGGUGCCCACAGGACUGGCAGUCGGACUCUACUCUACAGACCGGCAAUGCUCUCAAUGUUGACCAUAGCAGCUGUAUGCGUGUGUGUGGCUCUUCUUUUCAAGAGCUCGCCUAAAGUUCUUUUCGUGUUCCGUCCAUUCAGGUGGGAGAUGUUGGAGUACGGUUCCAGCUGAUGAGGUGGUCAAUGUGAUAAUAAUAAUAAUAAAGUGUGAUAAAUAUAUCUAUUUUGUUUGUGUGUCUGUGUGCAUUUGUAAACUGUAGAGCUGAGGCACUUUGUACCGUAUAAGUAGCCCCCUUAGAGAAGAUUUUAAGAUUCCAUUAGCUUAACUGUAACUUAUGUUGUAUCAAUUUUCUUGUUUUUUUUUUCUUUUGGAAUUUGGGAAUCAGAGGACCCACCCUGUAAUGUAUGUUAUUCUGGCUGUGAUACUAAUAUUUGGGUUGUAUUAAUAAAAUAAUUUAUUACUAA